AUGAAGCUCGCCGCAGUGGGCGUAGCCUCUCUCCUCCUCCUCCUGGCUGCUGCCGCCACGGCCGGCGCCGUCACGUUCGAGGUGAUAAACAAUGCGACGACGACCCCCGGCGGGCAGCGCUUCGACCGGGACUACGGCGUGAGCUACGCGGCGCAGGUCCUCUCCGACGCCUCCUGCUUCAUCUGGUUGGUGUUCAACCAGACGAGCCCCGCGGACCGCCGGCCCGUCGACCACGUCACCCUCGUGGUGAAUGCCGUGGACGGCAUCGCCUACACCGCCGGCAGCACCAUCGUGCUCAACGCCGGCUACGUCAACAACUACACCGGCGACGUCAAGACAGAGGUAACCGGGGUGCUGUACCACGAGACGGUACACGUGUGGCAGUGGGGGCUGCAGGACUACGACGUGUACUGGUGGGUCUACGAGGGGAUCGCCGACUUCGUCCGGCUGCGGGCCGGGUACGCGCCGGCGCACUGGGUGCAGCCCGGCCAGGGGAGCAGCUGGGACAAAGGCUACGACGUCACGGCGAGGUUCCUGGACUACUGCGACUCGCUCCGGCCGGGCUUCGUCGCGGUGCUCAACGCCAAGCUGAUGAACGGGUACAGCGACGAUUACUUCGUGCAGAUCCUGGGCAAGUGCGUGCAGGAGCUGUGGCAGGAGUACAAGGCCAAAUACGGCCAUCAGUGA